AUGAACUUCAAAGAACUAGCUGAGCACAGGAAAUGGAACAAAGAAAAGAAAUCGGGCCAUCCACUCUGUGACUUCUGUGAUUCACGGUUUUACGAGUAUGAGGAUCUAGUCGAACAUGUUCAUUCUAUCCAUUUCACUUGUGAAGUAUGUCACGGCGCAGGACAAUUGGAAGUGUUCAGGGAUCGUGACGAAUUGAACCGUCAUUACACCACUUACCAUUUUACAUGCCAAGAGUGUCAAGAUGCAGGAACAAUGGUUGUCUUUAGCACCCUUAACCAGCUUGGCAUGCAUCGUCUUCAGGAACAUCCUAAUAGCGUUGCAGGUGGUCCUCAUUCCUGGUUGGACUUUAAAAUGGCUCCUCUUUCUGAAUCAGUUCGUGGUGUUGCCUCUAGACGUAAUCCUCGUAUCUCCGGAGGCCGAAUUUAUGGGGGUAAUUUAAAGGCCCAAAUACUUUUCAUCAUCGUCUUGUUUUGA